UGGUGGCAUUCGCCGUCCCCGUUUCGUUGGUUUGCCGAGACGUCUGCGAGGGGAGCGCCUGGCAACGAAGCAGAUUCUUCGUACUUAGCAGUUCAAUCCGCCUCCCCACGGUGGGACACUGGGCCUUCGACUUAUGCACCAAAACGCCAUAUGUUGGGACACCUUCAUGCCGCCCGAUACUCCCGAACAAGCAGUCAGACGGGAAAAGAGUUGGCUUGGCAAAACACCAGUCGUUGGAGAACUUUACUGGAACUUGUACGACGUGGUCAGGAAUAUCCAAGGCUGGUUAGUUAGCGAACUUGAGCCGCAGGAGCAACUCCUAUUCCUCGGCAAGAUCAGCCACCAGGAUGCUCUCCCUGUAUAUCAAGCAGCACUCGACACACCUGCAUCGGAUCAGAAGGAUAACCGCGGUUGCCCCAUUCCACUAACCAAUACCUUCAUGAGCAGUUUCAAGAACGCAUUCGGGAAAGAUGUAAAGCUUUCCUUCGAUGUUUGGGGAGUUACCUUCACGGUUCCGUUUAGCGUCAUUCACAGCCUAUAUCAGGAACAUGCGUUUGGAGGCAUUUGGUCUGAAGAGGACGGCAACGGCUGCACGAUGAUCUCCCUUCAUAAAAAGCCCGCUGAGGAGGAUCCGAACGGCUGGUUCAGGGCAAGAGAUGUCUGGACUUGGCAAUUGGAACGAACGGAACUUGAAGCUCGGCCAGAGUUUGCGGCAAAUUGGAAGCUUCAUAUACCUUACCGCACUCUCGGGCUCGUACUCCUGAAAUCGCGUGGCCUGAGACUCGUUUAUUUGCUCCGCAAGGCGGCCGAGAAGACAGGAGAGAAGGAAGCGCAGCUGAUGGCACGAGCCCCGACGGAUGCCGACAGACUCGUCAAGAUACCAUGCGGUGCCUACGCAGAAGCACUUAUCAAUCACUGCGGCUGUGAAGGAACGGCCGAGGAAGUUCUCAUCUUUUGAUGCCCGAAGGGGUUUGCGGGCUCUCGUUUGACCCGGGCAUGUUUCCAACAAGUCACGAUACCAGCCUUUCAGUGGCGAAGGUAAUGUCAACUUGGGAGUGGGUUAGUAUAUACUUGUAUCUCUUUAUACCUAUAUAGUUCGGCGUAACCAGGAUCCAGCCGUUCAUCAUGAGAUAGUUGAGCCCGUCCCGUUCACUUCAUGUCGGGUGCUCCCACUCGCUCUCGGUACUUCCCCCCCAAAGCAGCGCCAUCCGGUCCCUCUUGGCAUGAGAAGCAUUCUUUUGCACCGCCUUGGCCUUGAGUCUCUUG